CUUGCUUGUAUUACAAAACAGGUUUCUUCCUAGCUAUGGCAAAAUGCUGGCUGCUGUUGCAGCUUCUCUCGGCGCUCCUCUUACCGGCGGCAAUAAGCACGGCGGCGGCGUGCCACCCUGAUGACCUCCGUGCGCUACGGGGCUUCGCCGGCAACCUCAGUGGCGGGGCCGUCCUCCUCCGCGCCACGUGGUCCGGAGCCUCCUGCUGUGGCUGGGAAGGCGUGGGCUGCGACGGGGACGCUGGCCGCGUCACGACCUUGUCGCUCCCCGAACGCGGCCUCGCCGGACCCAUCCAAGGAGCAGCACCCUUGGCCGGCCUCCGGCAGCUGGAGUCGCUCAACCUUGCCCACAACAGGCUGCAGGUCGGCACCACCUUCCCAUCAUGGAUCGCUGAGUUUGACCGUCUUUGCUACCUGGAUCUAUCACACAAUGUAUCGCCAUUGCAUGUGAAGAGUAGUAGCCGAAGAACAUUGGCUACCGGACAACCAAAUACAAUAACCGGGGCCAACAACUCUGUCAGAUCUGGGAGUGGUAACACUAUUAUGGGGGACGGUAACACUAUCACUGGGGACAACAACGUUGUGUCGGGGAACAAUAAUACCGUAACCGGGAGCAACAAUACAGUAUCUGGGAGCAACCACAUCGUAAAUGGGGACAACCUAGUCGUGACAGGAGGUUAAUGAUCUUUAGUCCCUAACGAAGCUCAUGUUCUUGUAAGCUAUAAGUGUACCUCACAAUCACUUGGUGGGGCCAAUCGUGCGCAUUAUGUAUCUUCAUGGAUAUAGCAUAAAUAAAACUCGCCUAAAUAUCUUACAUACA